AUGAGUCAGACUCGAAAAUUUUUAGCAAAAGAUUUUAUAACGACAAGUUUUAGUAUUGGCUAUCGAGUGACAAUUUGUCGUACGCAGUGCACGAAUAUUGUACCGGACCAAGAAGAGGAAGUGGCCAAUGAUGAACAUCAGGAAAACAACAACAGUUUAAAAGCUCUGGACGAAAAUGAAGCGAAACGAAUUGCACUAACAAUCCAUAAUCUUACGGAUGACGGAAAAUGGCUUAUUGCUGCUUGGACUGAGUGGUCCUAUAAACAGUUAGGAAUUAGAUCGAGAGGCAACAGACAUCGAACACAUAAAGUUGAGAUUGACGAAGGAGCAGCAGGCGAUAGUAAGGAGAAGAAAGAGGGCCGUCAUCGAGGGCAGAAAUUCAGAAAACAUGGUCAUACUGGUAGUGCAGAAGGGGAACACGGCAAGCUUCCGGCAAGUCACAGAAUCAUCAUAGAUGAAGGCGAAAACAGAGUGCAGCUACCCUCGGAUGAACCAGUUCCUUCCGGUGAAGCACAAGCAAAAGGAGCCAAAACAGCAAGUAAAGGUCAUCGUCGCCAAGGUGGACGACGACGAGGUUCCAGUGAGUGCGACGACGAUGGUUCAUAUUACGUUGAUGAGAGAGAAGAUACAAAUGAGAUUGGACACGAAGAG